AGACACAACACAGCUCUGGGAUCCAGUUUGAAGUCAGUAUUAAUUUAGCUGCUUGUGUGAUGGAUAAGUGUUUGAUGACACUCCCAGUCCUGCUGCUGUUCCUGGGCCUGGUUGGGAUAUCCCGCUCCUGUCUGAAUCCUGUCUCUGCAUACAGAUUCACUGGGGCUGUCUGUAGGCUGACCUACUCUGCAGCAAUGGUCUUAAAUGAGAAGACCACCAAGGUGAUCCAGGCUGCAUUCCAGCAUGCCAAAUAUCCAAGCAUCAACAGCGAGAAGUCUAUUCUCUUUGUUGGAAAGGUUAAAUAUGGGCUUACCAAUCUGGAGAUCCAUAACCUGUCGAUUGGGCGGAGUGAGUUUGAGCUGAAGCCAGUUAAAGGCAUUGAGAUUGCUAUCUCCAACGUGUCUGCUGUUUUCAAGGGAACCAUCCAGUAUGAAUAUGGCAGCUGGCUUGUCAACGUGGGCCAUUCAGUAGAUUUUGAAAUUGAGUCACAUAUUGAUCUCGGCAUUAACCCCAAACUUUAUUGUGGAAAAGAGAAAGUUGCCGCAGAUACCUCAGUCUGUUACCUCACCUUCCACAAGCUCAAUCUCCUGCUGCAGGGAGACAAAGAACCUGGCUGGCUGAAGAGGCUGUUUACAGACUUUAUCACCUUCACAGGGAAGUUGGUUAUUAAAAGCCAGGUGAGGAAUGUAUUUGCUUAAUUGCCGAUCUGCAAGGAGAUCAAUAAUGUGGCAAACAUACUGGCUGACUUUAUACAGGAACGAGCAGAGCAAUUCCUUAGUGAUGGUGACAUCAGCAUGAAUAUUGGUGUAACUUCUGCCCCUGUCAUCACAUCACAUUACAUUGAAUCAUAUCACAAGGGUCUGGCCAAAUACAACAAUGUGACAGCUGUCAUCAAUGCCUCUGUAUUCCACCCCAGCCAGCUGACAGAGGACCGCAUGCUUUACUUUUGGAUCUCUGAUGAGGUCUUCAACACCUUAAUUACAGCUUCCCACCAAGAUGGACGUUUUGUCCUCAACAUCUCUGGCCUGGAGCUCACAGAACUUUACGAAGUGUAUUUGUCAAGCGAAAUGUCAGAGUUCCUAAGCCAGUUACUCUCCUCUGAGGAGCCAUUUCUGAGGGUGUGGAGUGUGUCAGUGCCUCAAAUGUGGACGACCCCACUGGGCACCUCUGUUAGAGCUUUGGCUGCAGUGAAGCUGACCAGUGGAGCUGAGGACAUCCCAGGACUUUACUUUGAGACGUUCAGCCAUAUGUUGUUUUCAUGAUUUAAAUAACAUGGCAUCAGACAACCUUUUCUCCCAGAUUAGUAGCUAAAUGAAGUUUGUCGCUGUCUAGGAGGUGGAGGUUGUUGUGAGAACUUCAUACGCUGAGAAGAAACUGAUUCUAAACGCUACAGUGCCACAAAUUUCCAUAAUGAAGGAAUCACUGUCCAAAGACACACUGCAGAUGGUUGAAGCACACAUUGAAUAUUUAAGAGGCAGCGAAAAAAAUAGGUGUCCCAAAAGUAAUAUCUGAACUAGAACCAGGUUUAACUGCACUCAUGGACAAACAGGGAGCAAAUCUGUUUGAUAUCAUCAAGCCCCAGGUUGUUUCUCAGGAUGGUUAUGUGAUUAUCCAGACAGACUUUGGCUUCCCCCAUCAUCUGCUUGUGGAAUUCCUCAGGAAGACUCUGGAGUGACUCAAAUACUGAGCUGGUGGGAGUGGUCAAAGCUCCUCCCUAUUUUGCUCUUUUGAGACACAUACAGUAUAAUGAGCUCCGAUGUGCAAUGUUUUGAAUGACUGUAUUAGUGGAAAUGUUGAUAAACUUUAGACUUGGGAGUACAAUUACUAAUUGUAAUUGCACCUGGACCAGGAACAGGUGCAAGCACAUAGCAAUCAGGCACUGUGUGUAAGGUAUGUGUGGUGUUUGUAAAAAUGUAACUUAUUUUUCACCUAAUUUGAAAUGUCAUUGUCUUUGUACACUCAUUAUGAACUUCUGUAUUGACAUGGUUGAUUCUGUCUCUUAAACUUGUCCCUAAAGCUGAAAUAGACAUUAGACUUGGUUCAAUUAUAACAUGAUGUAUUUGCAUACUGUAACCAAAGGAACCAUGGCAGUAGGGUAUUUCCGCUUAUGUCUUAUGAUUGGAUUGGUUCAUCUGGCACCAGUGGUGGCAAAAGUAUCCAAUUGUCAUACUUGAGUAAAAGUAAAGAUAACUUAAUAAAAAAAGUACUCAAGUAAAAGUCACCCAGUAAAAUACUACUUGAAUAAAAGUCUAAAAAGUAUUUGUUUUUAAAUAUAUAAGUAUUAAAAGUAAAUGUAAUUGCUAAAAUGUACUCAAGUGUCAAAAGUAAAAGUAUAAAUCAUUAGGAAUUCCUUAUUGAGCAAAACAGAUGGCACAAUUAGCUUUUUUUUAAAUAAUUUUUUGGAGAUAGCCAGGGGCACACUCCAACACUGAGACAUAAUUUACAACAAAGCAUGUGUUUAGUGAGUCCGCCAGAUCAGAAGCAGUAGGGAUGACCAGGGAUGUUCUCUGUUUAGUGAGUCCUCCAGAUCAGAAGCAGUAGGGAUGACCAGGGAUGUUCUCUUGAUAAGCGUGGACACUUUUCCUAUCCUGCUAAGCAUUCAAAAUGUAACAAGUGCUUUUGGGUGUCAGGGAAAUUGUAUGGAGUAAAAAGUUUAAAAAAAUCAUUAGGAAUGUAAAAGUUGUAAAAAAUAUAAAUAGUUAAGUAAAGUACCAAUACUAGUACUUCAACAUAUUUUUACUUGGUUACUUUACACAACUGACCCCACAGAGCAAGUAGAACCGGUUCCUCUGCCAACUUCCCUGGUAUACCAGGUGUCCCUCUGCUCUCUGGGAAGACAGCCAAUUGGCGAUAGAAGAUAGCUUCAGAAUGGAAACAUUACCAACUUGUUUUGUCUCUGUAAUGUCCCAGUGAAUUUUGCAUUUUUGGAAAUAAAGUAAUAAAUGGUU